AUGACUUUAUUAAAUUUACUGCCAGACAGUAACUUAAUCCUGCCAAUUACAGUGCUCAUCCUGGGAAUUGGCCUUUGGCUUUACAAACUGGCGUACUUUACCGAUAUCCCCAAGCUCGCAAACAUACCCGAAAUUUCAGGCGCGAUUCCAUUUUAUGGGCAUCUUAAAGUUUUAGGAGAUGACCAUGCUUCAGCCUUCGAAGAUUUUGGAACAAAGAAUGUCGCACCAAUCGUCCAGGCAAAGCUCGGAAAUAGACGAAUCGUCGUGCUGAAUAGCUUCGAGGUCGCACAGGAAUGGAUCGUUAAGAAUGCAUCUGCGACAAUUGAUCGACCGCUAUUCUAUACUUUCCACGGAGUAAUCAGCCAAUCGCAAGGUGGGACGGUGGGUACGGCACCAUGGAGCGAAAGCACAAAACGACGAAGAACUGCAGUGGGAACAGUCAUGACCCGGCCAGCAAUACAAAAGGCUGCUCCAAUGAUUGAUCUGGAAACUAGUUCACUUGUUCAGGAUAUGCUCAGCGCUGCCAGUGGUGUUGACCAUGAUGAACGCCUCGAAGUUGACCCAAGAAUUUUCUUCCAGCGCCUUGCUCUGAAUGUAGUACUGAUGAUGUGCUAUGGAUUUCGCAUAGCGGAUAUCGAUGACCCAUUAUUACAUAACAUUUUGAAUGUUGCUCAUAGUGUAUCAACUUUCCGCUCAACGAAUAUGAAUCCCCAAGACUAUGUUCCGUUUCUCCGUUACCUACCUGCCAACGAACGAAGCAAGAUUGCAAUCAAAGACCGCGAGCGGCGCGACAUCUGGCUGGAAGAGUUGCUCCAAAAGGUGCAGACAGCAAUUGACAAUGGAGAGGAAGUUUCUUGUUUGUCCGAAGGCUUGCUGAAAGAUAAAAGCUCCGAGAAACUUACUAAAGAGGAAAUAAAGUCUAUAAACGUCUCACUAGUCUCCGGAGGCUUUGAAACGGUCUCCACGACUGCUGCAGCUGGCCUGGGCUUUCUUUCGUCCCCCGAGGGUCAAGAUACUCAAAAGCGAGCCUACGAAGCAAUCAUGGAAGUCUACUCAUCCGAUGAAGAGGCUUGGGAGAAAUGUAUUUCCGAAGAGACGGUUCCCUACGUCGUCGCCUUGGUAAGAGAAAUGCUACGGUACUAUGCUGCCAUUCAGCUGCUCCCUCCACGCCAGACAAUGAAAUCUUUUAAUUGGAGAGGCAAUAUGAUUCCCAAGGGGUUGAGCGUCUACAUGAAUGCACAAGCGAUAAACCAUGAGCGUUGGCUCGAAUCAGAAGGCUUUGCGCCUCCUUUGCCGUAUCAUUAUUCUUUUGGUGCAGGUUCCCGGAUGUGCCCGGCUGUAUCUAUCUCGAAUCGGCUCCUGUACGCAACUUUCGUACGUUUGUUGGUACAGUUUAAGAUAACCGCAUCGCCUUCAGAACCGCCCAACACCCAUUAUAUCGAGUACAAUCGCGAGAAGGAAGGCGCGACGGCUAUGAUGAAACCCUACAAAAUUUUACUGCAGCAGAGAAUGAAUGAAGAGAAGUUGAUGAAGAACUUAGCAGAGACCACAGCGGCCACUAGAAAAUAG